CCACUUGGGCCCAAUCCAAAGGGUCUCCAACUACCACCAUUAACCCGCCAAGUCGCCUGGAUUUCUUAGGCCAACCGUUGAAAAUCGGAAAGCCAGAAAUGGCAAAGCUAUCCAAUCUCUAUCUCUUGGCCUACAACUCUCUUCAGGCUGCUGCAUGGGCAGUUUGUCUCUCUCUAAGCUUGAGCAGCUCCGUCAAUGGCGCUUACGCUUCUGCUGGACACCUUAUCUAUUUGCUCCAACUGGUCCAGUUCUUGGAAGUUAUACACGGAGCCAUUGGUCUGGUGCCGAGUGGAGUGGUGUUUCCUCUGAUGCAAUGGGCAGGAAGGGCGCAUUUUCUGUAUGUUGUGCGCCAAACCCAUGAGGUCCAGGAGUCGCCAUCAGUCUUCAUAACUUUUGUUUCUUGGAGCCUAAGUGAGGUUAUUAGGUAUCCACAUUAUGCUUUUAACUGCAGGGGGAGCUGUCCAUCUUGGAUUACCUAUCUCAGGUACACUGCAUUCAUUGUUUUGUAUCCUCCGGGGAUGGCUGGUGAAACCUGGCUUAUGUACCAAGCACUUCCUUUUAUAAAGAAGAAGAGCCUCUACCCAGAUUUCUCCACUGGCCUCUCCUUCAGCUAUUAUAACUUUCUGAGGGUUUUGCUUGUCUGCUACCCAUUCCUCUGCUUGAAACUUUACCUGCAUAUGUUCAAGCAACGCCGAUCAAAACUGGGUAAGCACCCCAAGAAGAAGAAAAGGUGAAGGACCAUCUGGUUCUUGGUACCAAUUAUUUGCCAGUUGCUGGUGAUUUAGGACUCAAAACUACAUAAAGAGAGGCAUGUAUUGGAUUUUAGUAAAAUACUUGCAGUGGAUUCUUGCUUCAUUCUCCAUUUCCGACUAUGUAAUUAUCGAAGUCUAAACUUGUCUCUCCCAUCUAUUUUAGAUGCCUGAUCAACGUUGUCAAUUCUUUCCCGAUGAUACUUUAAUAGUAUACUGGUUAUGCAUUUGAUCUA